UCCUCAUCGAGUGUAGCAGGCAGCAGCUAAAUUGAAAACUUAUUUGCUGCAUUCAGAUCUCUGGAAUUUCUGUGUAGAAGCUAGAGUGUAGACAUAGAUCAGAGCUACCAACAAUCGAAUCAAAGGACAACCGUCCCGGUUUGCAGUGUAGAACCGACUCCUGCUGCUACCACCAUGGAUGAUUUAGAUGCUUUGCUGGCGGACUUGGAGUCGACAACCUCCCACAUCUCCAAGCGGCCGGUGUUUCUGCCGGACGAGACGCCCUACUCUUUCCUCACGGGAGGACAGGCUCCUCCCCCUGUACCCCCACCUCCCUCUGCUGAGGCCCUGAACGGAACCGCGCUCAACCCCCUAGAAUCCACCCGGUCGUCCACACAGUCCUACAGCAGUAGCUCCCCCUCCUUACCCCAAAGCGAAGACGACCACGUCUACAGCUUCCCCAACAAGCAAAAGAGUGCGGAGGCUGCCAUGAGCUCCUUCCUGGGCAGCAACCUGUCGGAGUUGGACCGGCUGCUUCUUGAGCUCAACGCCGUGCAGCACAACACGCCCUCCUUCCCCACUGAGGAGGAGACAGCCCCGCCCCUCCCCUCUAGCAGCACCACCCACUAUGUGCAGGAGAACGGGGUUUCGGUGGCCGGCAAGGUGCCUCCCCCAACCAUGGAGAAGCCCAAGCGCAGCGUGGCCACCAGGGUCAUUGAAGAUGUACGCCCCAGCGUUGAAAGCCUUCUGGACGAGCUAGAAAAUUCUGUGCCCUCCCCCACCCCCACCGCCUUGGUGGUAGAGGAGUUGACGGAGGGGGAGGAGGAGACACCCUCCCAGCUGCAGGCCAGAAUCUCUGCCUCCUCCGCCACGCGGGAGCUCGACGAGCUCAUGGCCUCGCUGUCUGACUUCAAAGUCCAGAGCAAUUCUGGUUCUCAGUUGUCUCUCAGUAUGAAUCCCCUCCUGCUCAGUCAAGGAUCAGAACCCUCCUCCUUGGAGACGAAGUCACCUGCAGCCCCUGCUUCCCCAGUAGUUGUAACCAGAGACCCAACUGGGCCUGUGGAUCUGCAGCUGGAGCCCCCCAGUGACACGUCCCCCUCCUGUACCCCUGUUCCUUUAGAACUCCACAUAGAUGAAGAUGCCUGCGCUUGCCCUCCCUCCUCCACCCCCCUCUCAGCUGCUUCAGCCUCCACCGUUGUGUUGGCCUCAUCCCAGAGCCUCCAGUACACCCAGAUCCACACACAGCUGGGAGGAGAAACUGAUCCCAGCGUGAGAACUACGCUGACCUCCCACAUGGAAUCCCUCACUGUGGUCUCUAACACCACAAGCCACACUUUGCCAAAGACCCCCGAUCCUCCUGUUGCCCCAGUUGUAAAGUACCCCAGUCCUGCAGUGGAUACAAAGACCACCAAGACGCCUAGUCCAGUAACUGUUGACAAGACCCCUAGUCUGGUACCUGUUGCCAAUACCCUCAGUCCUGUGACUGUUGUCAAGACCCCUAGUCCUAUAACUGUUGCCAAGACUCCCAUUCCAGUUAUGGUUGCUACGAGCCUCAGUCCUGUUCCAAUUCCUAAAAGCCUCAGUCCUCUUCCAGUUGCUAAGAGCCCCAGUCAAGUUCUGGUUGCUAAGAGCCCCAUUCCUGUUAGUGUUGCUAAGAGUCCCACUCAUAAAACAAUCACCCUUCCUCUGUCAGCCCCCAUUGAUCAAUCUUCCCCACCGAAGGAGAAGCAGCCAGACAAAACCGCUGCUCAGCCAGCAGAGCCCCCUUCUGCAUGUCCUGACUUGAGGAUAACAUGGCCAUGUCGGGAGCCCUUGCUGGAGGACACUCUUGGCAGAUUGUUGUCCUUCGACUUUACCCUGCCAGAGGGAGAAGUGAAGCAUGCCAAGAUGACUUAUCAGGACAAAGUGGAGCUUUGUGCCAUGGCAGGAGACAAGGAAAGGACUUGGGAGGAUGAGGAAAGGACUUACCCAAGGCACAGCACACCCCUGGAUGGGCGCGAGGGGACGAUGACCCCCCUUACCAAGGCCAGCUGGAUGGACGACUGCUUGACCCCGUCGGCGUGCCCGGGAACCCCCGAGACCACCCUGGACCUGCCCCUGAACCAGCCUUCGGCCGUGGAGAGGCUGUCCACCUCGGGCCAAAUUCUGGCCCAGGGGAAGAGCUUGCCCACGGCUCCCCCCAAACAGGCCAACAAGCUGGACAACAUGCUGGGCAGCCUCCAGUCAGACCUCCAUAAACUGGGCGUCCAGACCGUGGCCAAGGGAGUGUGUGGGGCCUGCAACAAGCCCAUCGUUGGACAGGUGGUGACCGCCAUGGGGCGCACGUGGCACCCGGAGCACUUUGUGUGUACCCACUGUCAAGAGGAGAUUGGCUCCAGAAACUUCUUUGAGCGGGACGGAGCACCCUACUGUGAGAAGGACUACCACGACCUGUUCUCCCCACGCUGCCACUACUGCAACGGACCUAUCCUGGACAAAGUGGUGACGGCACUGGACAGGAACUGGCAUCCAGAACACUUCUUCUGUGCUCAGUGUGGAGCUUUCUUUGGUCCAGAGGGCUUCCAUGAGAAGGAUGGGAAGGCGUACUGUCGGAAGGACUACUUUGACAUGUUUGCGCCCAAAUGUGGAGGCUGUGCCCGUGCCAUCCUGGAGAACUACAUAUCAGCCCUCAACUCCCUCUGGCACCCUGAGUGCUUCGUCUGCAGGGAGUGCUUCACCCCCUUUGUAAAUGGGAGCUUCUUUGAGCACGAGGGUCAGCCCUACUGCGAGGGCCACUACCACGAGCGCCGCGGCUCCCUGUGCUCCGGCUGCCAGAAGCCCAUCACGGGCCGCUGCAUCACGGCCAUGGCCAAGAAGUUCCACCCCGAGCACUUUGUCUGUGCCUUCUGCCUCAAGCAGCUCAAUAAGGGCACCUUCAAGGAGCAGAACGACAAGCCCUACUGCCAGGGCUGCUUCAUCAAGCUCUUCAGCUAGGGAGCUAACCCACUCCCCAGCCGUGUGUGUGCCUGCGUGUGCCUGCGUGUGCCUGCGUGUGUGUGUGUGUAUGCUGUGUCCCAAUUCUCUACCGUUCUACCCUAAGUGGGCACUUGCUCCCUUCAUGAAUUUAAAAGGAAAUGACAGGUGUAGGAAAUAUAGUGGAAACUCCAGCCAUCUCUACACCAGUCCAAUGCUUUAAAAUGUCUGGGGAGAAGUACACAGGAAGAGAAUCAGGACACGGGGUGGAUGUGUGUGUCGAAAGGUGGAGGCUGGGAUAGAAGGUAGUCAGUGGCUAUGAUGAGGAAGCAGAGAGUUGUUCCUUACUGUGCAUGUAGCUAAGAUGAGACUGGCCAUUUGAAAAGCUCCCCUACAGUUACCUGGAGGUAACAGAGCCUUGAGGGCCGUGGGGUUGAUAUUUUAAGAGUUCCAGAAAGCAUGAGGUUUAAAGAGAGCCCAAAGAGAUUUUUGUAAAUGUAUAACGAGCGAGAGAAGCCAUUUGUGUGUGAAACUUUUUUAAUGUCCUGUUCGGAGCAACAGUCUCUGCAAAGGAUUUAUUUUCCUGCGUUAUCAUGUGACCGACGCGUGGAGGUCAGGUCAUAGGGGUAUGUCGGUGCCAUUACAAAUGCACACCUAUAAACUGUCUCUUGAUCUCAAACACACACACACACAGACACACACUUUAAACUCUGAGAAGAGGAAAAGCUCUCGUCUCCUCUUUCCCUCCUCGUCUCCUCCCUUUCUCUUCACUUCUCUAAGACCAGUUCAAACACUUGGUGCUCACUCAACUCAAUCACAGAUUCCUCUCUCUGCGGCCCUCAUGGGGCCAUUUUACAGCCUGGUAUGGUCAAGAUAUCAGGGUCCUAUUUUUGUACACUUUUCCUAUGGAAAUGUUCAUAGACUAACAAGGACGGCUCAGCAGCAUAGAUUUAGUAGAUCCAAAUUCCUUUUCCCUGUUUGCUUAAUUUUUCCAAUGGAACUGUACAAAACUCUCAAAUGUGUUUGUACAAAAUGAGACACGUUGUUUAGAGACACACACACUUACUCUCCAGACUACUGCUUUUUUCCAUGUGCUAUGGACUCUCCAUUUCUAUUUUCUGUAGAUCAGUCUUUGCGCCACCGAUCUCAUAUGAAUUCUCAUUAAUGUCAUCUGAUUUUAAAAGAAUGUACAUUUGAAUAUUGUCUUUCCCUUGAUGUGGACAGAGGAUGGGGGUGUUCGGGUGAGUGUUGGGGACCUCUCAUCUCGGAGGAUCUCUGCUCGUCCCUUACUUUCCAUCAGCUUUGGGUAGGGAGGCAUCUCUUAGCCUGGCAACCAAACUGAGCACAGCGUUGUUCCGUCUGGUGUAACCAGGCUAGACUUCUCCCUCUAUAAGGAAACAGGACAAAAUACUGGAGCAUGUUGGUUAGAAACAACAUGUUCAUUGUGUGUAUUUUGCCUCUUUAUUUGCUACUGUAUUCGCCCACACAUUUAUCCAAGUCUUAAAAUGAAUUAAUUCAGAGUGAAUGGGGAGUGCUUUUCUUGGGGCAAUGUUUUGUUGUACAUUUAGCUACUGACAAUGUGUGUGUUUUCCCUCAGAUACAUAAAGAGUAAGUAAUAGAGA